UGGGGUAGACUGUCAGGUUCAGUGCUGACAAGCUGCAAAAUACGCGCUCGUCGGACAUCCGGCUUUUAUGUGCGGUAACCAUAUUAUAUAGCAUUUCCCGUGUGCGGCACAUUUUCCUGAGCCUUACUGUUGUCAUAGGAAGCGUGUUCCGUUAAUUUAAAUUUGCAGUUGCGUUUAAAGUUUAGAUUAAUCAUGCCACUUUUAAAAAGCGGCAUGACCCACCGCAACGGAAAAUAUCGGAUCCCGAUUCCGGCAGCGGUAUCGGUCCCGUGGAGGAUCACAUUAUGGACAGCAAGGACGGUAAGGACGGAGUGGGCAUUGACCUGGGCACCACACACUGCUGUCUGUACGUAUACAAACACGGCCGCAGUCCGCAGUUGCUGAAGAAUCUGGUCGGGGAGACCACCACGCCCAGCUGGGUGUGCUAUGAAAAGGGCGGAAAUAAUGUGGGCCAUUCGGCCAAAACGCAGAGCCCGCAGAAUCCUAAGAACACCAUCCGCAAUGCCAAGCGGCUCAUUGGGCGCGGUUUCGAUGAUUGUGCCGUGCAGAACGAGGUGGCCCGGGUUCCGUUUAAAGUAAUAAACCAAAACGAAAUCCCGAUGAUUCCGGUUGAGCAGCAGAACGCGGCAAGGGAGACCACAUGGAGUGCCACGAUGGCGCCGGAGGAAGUCAGUGCAACACUGCUCAAAUAUAUGAAGGAAAUCGCUGAGAACUUUCUGGGCGCGGUCUCAUCCGCGGUAGUGACCAUCCCGGCCAAUUUCAUGGAGAGUCAACGAGCGGCUACCAUAAAAGCGGCGAAAAUUGCCGGCUUUACCGAGGUAACGCUCCUCAGCGAGCCCACGGCCGCGGCCACUGCCUACAGCCACGUUGUGGACGAGCGCUGCACUAUCCUGGUGUUUGAUUUCGGCGGCGGCACCCUGGAUAUCGCUAUCAUGGACGUGCAGGGUCGCAACCAAUACCGGGUGCUGACCACGGACGGGGACAUGUAUUUCGGUGGGGAGGCCUUUGACGAUGCCAUCGUGCAGUACUUUCUCCAGGAUAUCAAAUCCAAACACGGCGUUAAUCUGAAAGAUGACACCCGCGCCAAAGCCGUUCUCAAACUGAAAGCCGAAGAAGCCAAGAUCCAUUUAUCCUAUCCGUACCAUAAUUUUUACAAGGAGACCGUUUACGGUCUACCUGAUGCUUUGAAAUACGAAGCCGUUCUAAAUCGGGACACCUUCAGCGGGAUGUUCGACCGGUUGCUGAAAAAGAUGCUAGAACCGGUUAAAAGAGCUCUGCAGUCUGCCGGGAAAACCGCCGAGGAGAUCGACAAGGUCAUUCUUGUCGGGGGCAGCACGAAAUUGCCAGCGGUACAGGAAGCGUUGCGGAAGUUUUUUCGGGCGGACAUUGUCGCGGCAGACGCCACCCCCGAUGAGGUGAUUGCGCGGGGCGCCGCCAUGCAUUGCUACCGUGUCAAUAACCACCUCCCGGCCAAUGUCACCGAGGUCACGGCGUUUCAUUACAGGCUGAAAUUGUACCACGGGGACGUGUCGGAAUUGAUCCCGCGCGGCACCGAAUUCCCGUAUAAAUUCAAAAAAGUCUACCGCACCGCAUAUGAUAAUCAUGUCGAGGUGGUUUUCGACGUCUUCCAGAGUAAGCACGGAUUCACCGCUGAUAAGUUCCAGAUUGGACAUUUUAAAAUCAAAGAUCUCCCUGCACGGAAACAAGGGGAAUGCGCGUUUGAUGUCACGUAUGAGAUCGAUCGCAAUAACAUUCUGCAUGCCACGGCGCAAGGCCAGUUCGAUUUGGCGAAUUACAAGCGGAGCGUCGAUAUUAGUCUGGCCAACAUGGCGUAG